UGCUUUUACUUUUAUUUUGCGAGCAGAAUCUUACAGACAGUGACCGUGCCUUUCAAAUAUAUUCAAACUAAUAAAACUGAUGCCACUGUAGUUUGUGGAGUAUUUAUUUGCAUGAUCCCCAACAACUUGUUUUAUUUUACCAACAAAUCAACCCUCUGACUCUAGCAUCAGCACUACUGUCACUACUCUACUUACUAGAUAUCUAGAUCUGCGAGAAAUCUAGAUUUACAUGAUCUCGCCAAUCAUAUUUUUACAGAUGCGUUCAAAACAAGCCAUGAAGUUCAACAUAUUUAUUCUGGUGGUUUUCACCAUCUCUACAGUCUACUGUAGUGCUAUCCCCACGAAUGAGAAAAAACACAGGUCUCAUGAAAAGUCCCUGAGUGAUGAGGAUCAUAACACGGGCGGCCACCACAACCCAGACUAUGACCACGACGCUUUCUUGGGCCACGACGAGGCGGAAACUUUCGACCAGCUGUCGCCAGAGGAAAGCAAGGCCAGAUUGGCGAUCAUCGUGGACAAGAUUGACAAGAACAAGGACGGAGUGAUCGUGGAGCAGGAGCUGAAGGAUUGGAUCCAGUACGUCCAGCGCCGCUACAUCGUCACCGACACGGAGCGCAUGUGGAAGGACCACGAGCCCGAGUACGACGACACGCUCAACUGGGAGUCGUAUCAGAAGAGAACUUUCGGCUACAGCGACGAGCCAAAAGAGGGUUCUCCAACAUUUGAGUACAAGGACAUGAUCGAGAGAGACUUGAGGAGGUGGCAGAAGGCUGACCACAAUUCUGACGGAAAACUGUCCAAGGAAGAGUUCCAGGACUUCCUGCACCCCGAGGAGGCGGAGCACAUGCGCGACAUUGUUGUCAUGGAAACUCUUGAGGAUAUUGACAAGGACGGAGAUGGCCACAUCAGUCUGCAGGAGUACAUCGAUGAUAUUUGGGGAGACGACGAAGAUGAUGAGGAUGAUGAGGAAGGAGAAACAGACAAAGACGGAGAGCCCGAGUGGGUGAAGACCGAGCGGGAACAGUUUACCAACUACCGGGACAAGGACCACGAUGGGAAGCUGAAUAAGCAGGAGAUUAAAGAGUGGAUUAUCCCCGAGGAUUAUGAUCAUAGCUCGGCUGAAGCGGCCCACUUAGUGAGACAGACUGACGAGAACAGGGACGGCAAGUUGACCAAGGAGGAAAUUCUAGAAAAGUAUGAUCUCUUCGUGGGCAGCCAAGCUACAGACUUCGGAGAGGCCUUGACGAAACACGAUGAAUUUUAAACCUCGAGUCGUGUAGGGUUUGCUGUUGAGAGUGGGAUGUAGUCAGUGUGUGUGUGUGUGUUAUCUCUGGUCUGUGCCUCCUACACACCUGUGUCUGUCUCUGUGUCAGGAGGAUUUCUGUCAGGUUUGUUUGUAGAAAGUGAGUGAGUUUUGAACCGUAGACAUACUCUGACGCUGCUUGAGACACUUGUCCAUAUCAGCCUGUCCGUCUAUCUGCCUGUCCGUCUAUCAGCCUGUCAGUCUAUCAGCCUGUCCGUCGUGAGUGAUGGUACGGUCACAAUGUGCUCGCUAGACCGUCUUCUGUGUCGGGUCUUGUCGUGAGACGUACGGCGCACAGAGAGGUGGCAACGGACGAUUGUUUUGUUGUUGGGAUUGUUAUCAAAAGUAUGAGCUUGGUAUCAAAAGACGAGAUAGGUGGGCUUGUGGGAGACUAGGCUCCCAUCCGGUGGGCAGUGGGAGAUGAAAGGAUAAAAAUACUUUGUAGCAGAUGUAAAAACGAUCAGAAAGUGGAAAUAUCUGCAACUUUUGCUGGAUGAAAUGCACACCUGUAAAAUGUACCAUCUUGCCUUGUUUUUUGGGGGAGGAGAGGUGUCAAUUUGAGAAAGCCUGUGUGCUUUGGUAGAAUUUCUCACUAGCUUUGGGACAAUGGGGACAUUGCUGGGGGUUUUUUUUCGUCUCAGGUUCCGAGUGUGUGCACGAUUGUCAUACACAGGGAAUGGGGCUGCUGAACUUUUAGUCGGUCGAAGAUAAAAAUAUCAGUUGUUGACUCUCAAAGUGACAUAUUUUUUGUCAAGUUUUGUCCAUCUUAUUGCGUGGCUAGUGCUGUAAAACUCUCACUUAAACUAAAAGUUUUGUCCAUGAGAAAGUUGUCAGCCCCACAUGUCUCUCGCUUUCCCUUGUUUGUACCGAUGUGUGGGUAGAUUGUUGAAGAAAUGAUGAGAUUCCCCGCUGUGUAGAGUUGGCUGAUGGGCACUUACAUAACCUUAUUGUGUUGCAAGUGCAGUAGAACUCCUACUACUAAAACUAAAAAGAGUCGGCUGAUAGCUAGCUCAUACUAAUAGUUCACCUUUUCUCCAUUUGUUCCUAGCUAGCUACAGAAGUGUUUGAGUGUAUCUUCUUAGAUGUCCUUGUUUUUCCAACUUAACGUUGCUUACAAGAAUUAUUUUUAACCUUUAUGAAAUCUACAAAUGGAAUUGCGCAAUUUUAAAUCACUGUCAAGCUUCAAAUUUUCAUUGGUGCAUAAAUGAAAGUGUAAAAGAAUGCGGACAUGUUUUUGAGCUAUCUGUGAGAACGAAUUUUUAUUCCUGCUGAAAAAAAAAAAGAACAAAGAUUUGUGAACAUUUUCCGCAGAUAUUGGAAGUUUUGUGUGUUGUGAGGGAGCUCAGAGCGGCCGGGCUGCGGGCGCAGAAGUCUCGUUUAGCUCUCUCUCUCUCUCGAGAUUGAAUCAGAAGUUUGGAGAAAAUGCUGUGUAUGGUUUUUGAGAUGUAAUGAUGCUUUGAAAAUGUUGUUUACUUUUGUUUUCCAACUGUGUAGUCAUUCAAAAUACUCCAUAAAUGUACUAAGUUUUGUGUUUUUUGCUGCUACCGGAUGAUAUCGGUCGGGCGAGAAAGAAAAGUUUUUGCCCAUGGUUUUUUUGUGUGUGUAAUGUGUUGAUUGUGUUGAAAUUAUGCGUGUUUGUGGUGCUCGUAGAAGACACGACUGCCGGUGUCUUAGGGUAAACUGUACAUGCGUGUCAUGUGUACUAGUACUAUGUGUGUACAUGGGUGUGUAUACGAUUCUAUAGGUACACAGGUUAAUAUGUACUACGUGUAUGUAUGUGAACAUACAGCAGUGUUGUACUACAUAUGUGUGUGUGGUGUGUGUACAUGCGUCGGUGUGUACUACACGUGUGUGUGUGUGUGUGUGUGUACACGCGUCAGUGUGUACUACACGUGUGUGUGUGUUGUGUCCACUCAACUGCUAUUCUUGCCCUGGUGCUAUACUCCACUCCUGACCUGUAUAAAUCCAAGUCUUCUCCUGUGUGGCUGCAUGUGUGUGUGUGUGACUGAGUGUGUGGCUGAUUGUGUGGACUGUUUUCUGGUGGGUAGCUCUGCUCCAUUUUACUAAUUUUAGUCAUCACAUUUCGGAAAGAGACAAUCUGUUCCUAGUCUUUUCUGUGACUUUGUGAAAGCACAGGCCGGGCACGUCCUUAUAUGACCGUAUUGUGUUGCAAGUGCUGUAAAACUCUUGCUAAAACUAUUUUUAAAAAUGUCCUUAGUGUGGGCAACAUGUCCUUUGUUUGUGUGCUCUGAGGAAACAGGAUUGUAUCAUGUCUUGGAGUUUGAGGUUUGUAAAUAAGUUUUGGAAUUGUGCAGGCAUGUAUAUGUGCUGGUCAAGUAUUACAGUAGCCUAGCCGUCUGUCGACAUAGCUGGCUGUAGACGUGCUUGGGUGCCGUCUCUCUCUCUCUUUGGUCCACACAGCACGGAAAAUCCUGACUUGUGGUGUAUCAUCCUUGCUGUUACUACACAGCACGCACGUAAUAAUGGUAAUAAUAAUAAUAAUAAUAAUAAUAAAUAGUAUUUGUGCUGCUCAUUUCUAUUUUCUAAAAAAAUGCUCAAUGCGCAUUAUAUUCAUCAUAAUAAUAUCACACCUUAAAAAUUACCCUAGAAGAGAGAUGCUGCCUUGCAUAUCAUAUAGAGAUGUGAUCACAAACGUACAUGACGUAUAAUAGAAAUAUGGUCACUGACGUAGAGAGAUCUGAUCACUUGACAUACGUUGUAAAGAUCUGACCGUUCACGUAUUGAUGGAACAUUUCCACCGGUCCUCUUCCUUCUUCUUGCACCCUGUAAUUGAGAUUUUAUUCUUUCUUCCACUAUGCUUGUGGGUGGUUGGCGGGUGCUCUGGUGUGGUUUGCUCCUUCUUUUCUAUCAAUCAUCUAUCAUCCCUAUAUCUCUCCUAACUUCUUUUUUGUGUAUGUUACUCUCUUGUAAUUACACAUUUAUUCUUCGGCACUUAUAUGACCUUAUUGUGUUGCAAGUGCCGUAAAACGUAGAUGCGUAGAAAUUUUUAGUGAAGUAAGAGAGCCCAAGAGAAGAGAGAUUUUGUUGAUGUUGUUCAAAAUGUAAGAGCAAAUUAAAACUUUAGGGGAGUGUUCGUGACAACGGAGUGGACAUUUUGGUCAUUUCCUAGAAAAUUGUCGCAACUUUCCCCAGAACUGUUGCAAGAGUGUAGGGCCAGUGUAGGAGUCAGGGUUGCCGUAGACAGAAAUAGCAUGUAGUUUUAGGCCGUCGGUUUGAGCCGGUAGGCUACAACGAGUGUGUUGUUUGCACCUUUCCAUCCAUCAUGUUUCCUUAGAUGUGUCAAAGCGACACACACGGUGUUCUCCCAUCAGUGUGAGCUUACACGGCCUGUGUUUAGUGUCAUGAGUUUGUAACCUUUGACUGUAUUGACCUACUUUUUGGUACAGGUCAGGGGUCAGUUCACCAGAGUUGCAAUGUCUACUUUUAUGGAUUUGAAUUUGUGUAAAAAAUGUAAAACUACGAAGAACAUGAUCAAAAAAUUUUUUUGCUUGUUGCUGUAAAGUUAUUUUGAAUGGUAUUUUAUCUGCCAGUAUCACCAUGGUGCAGUAUAUGUGGAUAUGUCUUUGUUACUGUCCGUGAGCGUUUGGAUGUGAUCACAUAACGAAUUGAUGAACAAUCCGUCCUUUCUUGUGUAGAUUGAUUUUAAUGUAGAUUUUUGAAGUUUGCUUUCAAUCAAUAAAGAUUUUUUUUUCCUGCUGACAUUUUGCUUCUUGUAAGUGAGAAAAAUUUUGGAACAUAAAAAGCUUUUAGAUUUUUUUUCAGUUUGUGCUCAUCUGUUUCAUGAUGCUUUCGUGUCUUUUCUCCCCGUCGGUUGCCAGUUUGUCCACUUAAUUGUGUGUCCUGGCACCUUUCUGUACACCGUGCGCCGUCUAGCACACACGGGUCGGACCCGCACACUCUGUGAGGGCAGUCGUGAGUUUUUUUGUCUCACGGUUGCUACCUCACUGGGUUUUUUUGUUUGUUUAUUUGUGUGGUCUGUUUUGAGAAGGAAAGUCAGGGACAGUAGGAUAGAGACACAGAGCCUUUCCUUAGCAUGUUAACUUCCCACUGUUGAGGUCUUGACCAUCAAUGAUUUAUUUAUAGAAGCACCAGCCAUUUCUUUCUUUCUUUCAUCCAUGUCCAGGUGCUGUUUUAGCCAAACAGGUCCUGAAACAAUAAAUUGCUGAUGUAGUUGUAGUAGCAUAGACAUCUGUCUGUUUGUUUGUUCGCUGGUCCGCGAGAAAAAGUAGCAAGUGGACCAGGAGCUUAUGUAGAUGUUUAUUUUGUCUUACUUCAUUUACCAAAGAGAUGUACAGAGAAAGAGGGAGGGAGGGAGGCUGGGAGAACAGCUGAUGCCUCUAUGUGUGUGUUUGUUGAUGUGAGAAAAUGUCUCUCUAGUUGGUCCGGUGCUGUUUUUUCCGUCAUCUCGUCGUGUGCUUGUCGCUGGCCUGUGGUGGGAGAACAGUGAGAAAUGUACUUACAACUUGGAACUUACAACUUAUAACGUGGAGCCUGGAACUGGAAACUGUGGAUCUUCCACUGAGAGAUUUCCGCCUUCCUCUGCUGUCUUGUGUCUGUGUUUGUGUGGCAGUGUAAAGAUAGUCGUUUGUUACUCUCUUGUAACACCUCUAAUCUUGUGGCGCUCAUGUGACCUUGUGCAGUUGCGAGCCUGGUACAAACCUCUACUAAAAAAAAAAAAGGUCGUGACCUUAUGCAGUUGCAAGCGCCGUAAAAACUCUACUAAAACUAAGACUAAAAGAUAGUCUGGCUAUCCUGGAGAAAUGGUACCAGUUUUAGCAACAAGCUGGUGUGGUUACGGUACUCAACAUUACCAGCUUGCGCUCCAUAGAGCGGGGGAGGGGCUCUCUACGCGACGCGACAAGUCUAGACUUUGCCUCGUGAGUGGGAGGAAAUAAAUGAUAUUUUUGUUUGAACUAUGGAUGCCUGUAUGUGAAAGAUGAUGACGAUCCGUCGGUAUUUUUGUGCUCUUAUCAUCACGUGUUCCGUACUCACCUAGUUUAUUAUCUUCUGUCGUGCACUAUCAGCUGUUCUCUACUCACACAGUUUAUCUUAUUAUUAUUAUGGCUAUGUUUCUUCCUCUAUGCUUUGGUCACUGAAUAUUUUUUUCGUCUCAUCUGUCUGUUUGUUCCAUACACCCUGUACAUGGACUAUAUAUAUAUAUAUUUUUCUGAUUCUGUAACACUUUGACUAAUGAUUUACCCCCCCCCCCCCUCCCGAGUUAGCCACCGGUAGAGAUCACGUAAUGUCUGUCCUCGUCUGCACCGCUUCUAUAAAUUAGUUACCUCAGUUGAACACUGUUUUCUCUAGAUGAACUCACCAUUUUCGCUUCCACUCAUUUCUGUCUAGCCCUCUCUUCUCUCUCUUUCUCUCUCUCUCCCUCCCCGCCUCUCUCUCUCCCCCCCCCCACCCCCCUUCUCUCUCUCUCUCUCUCUCUCUUUCUCUCUCUCUCUCUCUCUCUCUCUCUCUCUCUCUCUCUCUCUCUUUGUAGCUGGCUUUCUUCACUCAAGUUUUAGAUGAUAUAAUAAAAAACCUUGAAAUUGUCUGUGAAUAUUUUUUUUUGUUUUGGGUUUUAUACGCAUUUUUUUCUUCACAUUUCUCCACCGGACUUGUCCUGCACAUAUCAAGUAUUCUUGUCUGCCAUAGAUUUAAAAAAAAUUAUUUUUUUGGGGCGGGGGGGGUGUUGUAAAACUUGAAUGUUCUGUGACACCAGUUGAUCACACAGUCUUAUGUCAUGUGUGUCUUGUCUUAAAUUGAAAUAAUAUAAACAUAUGACCUUAUUAUUUUGUUGCAAGUACUGUAAAACUCUUAUUCUAAAACAAAACUAAUUAAACCACUGAUUCAGCCCUUGGAUCAAAAUGAGCCAAAAGACUUUACUACUACUAUGUGGAAUGUUUUCUUUUCUUUGUUUUUUCUAUUAUUUUGUUUGUUUUUUUUCUAUUAUUUGUUUGUUUUUUUCAAUUAUUUUGUUUGUUUUUUGUUGUUUUUUUCUCCUCCAAGUGUCUGUCAUGUAUUAUGAGAAGCAUCUUCCUACUUUUGUAUUCUUUCAGUACUGUUUGCCUUAUGUAUGGAGUGGAUCGCUCGAGGUGAAUAAACAUGAGUACGUUAAUGAU